AUGCGCCCCUCCUUUCCUCGUCUCGUCCGUAUCAUCCCGCGGAGUCAGCUCGUAACACAAGAGGCCCGGCCUCUGCCCGAGCCAGAACGCUCCGACAUAAAACGGACGCCCCUCAUCGAGCUCCUGCAGCAGCGGCAGGCUUCAGCGGGGUCGCAUUAUCCAUCUAACAUACGCAUUGAACCGGUGUUGACGAAGGCGACCUUCAAGGAUGUUCCCAAAGACAUCCGGGAGGAACUGAAGACUCAUUUGAAGGAGCGGUGA